AUGCCCGGCCGUGGUAAUGGGCAGUCUCCAACACCAGGACAGCUGCGCUCCCCUCAUUUUCACCACCACCCACAUCAAGAUCUAUAUAGCAAUGUCGAACAGCCUAGUUUCCUCUGGCGGGGCGCCUCCUACCAGACCAUGUUGGCCGUCGGAGCAUUAUGCCGCACAUUUCUCUUUGGGCUGAACAGGACUCAGGUCAAUGGUUUACCCCGAUUCCUCGACCUCCUCAAGUCUCGCAGUGAUUACAACACUCGAAGACGCGGUCUACUGACUGUUUCUAAUCAUAUCUCUGUCAUGGACGAUCCUUUGAUAUGGGGAGUUCUCCCACUGUCCUUUACGGCCUUUCACGGCUAUCAGAACCAUCGUUGGGGAUUUGGCAGCCACGAUAUCUGUUUCCAAGGCUCUCUCUUGUCCCACUUCUUCACUUUAGGUCAAGUCCUUCCAACCCAUCGCAGUGCCCAUUCUCCAUACGGCGGUCCCUUCCAAGCCACCAUGACUGAGGGUGUACGCAUGUUUUCGAAUAUCUCUACUCGGAAGCCCGCUUUCUGUCCACACAAUAAUCCUCGCUUCCAUUCUGGCUACCACAUUCCAUCUUUCCCGCGAGACUGUGUUGAUCCGUUUUCCGACAUCGACCUCGCUCCCUCCUACCCUUCUUCCCCUUCCGACGUACGUUGGUACCUCUCACCUUCACGGUACGCCUCGAAUGCAUAUAGUUGGAUCCAUAUUUUCCCCGAAGGCAUGAUUCAUCAGUCGGCCCCAACUCCGGAGAAUAACAAUAAGUCGGAAUAUACAAUGCGUUACUUCAAAUGGGGCGUCGCCCGUCUGAUCUUGGAGCCACCCGAAUGCCCAGAUGUGGUACCCAUGUUCAUUGAAGGCACCGACCAGGUGAUGCACGAGUCCCGCACGUUCCCACGUUUCAUCCCUCGAGCCGGCAAAGACAUAACGGUAACAUUCGGCCAAGAACUCGAUCUCGAAAGCACAUUCGGUGAUCUACGUCGGCGCUGGCGCAAAUUGUGCGAACAAGACGCCCGAGCCAACGGCACGGAUGAAUGGGAUGAACUCACAUUAGGCAUCGUCCCUGAGAGUCUAGCUCAGCACCCGGAAGCUAUUGAACUACGGAAGGAAUGUACGAGACGUGUGAGAGAUGCGGUCCUCAAGGUUCGGAGAGGUCGUGGCUAUAGGGAUGAAGAUCCCAAGAGUGGUGCUGUUGAGACCUGGGCGGAAGAGGGCCCUAAGAGAGAGGGCCGAAUGGAUGAUGGCAGUUGGGUCAAAGAUACCUGA